GGCGGGGCGGCUCUCUCCGCUCGCCCCUCCUUCCCCCCCUCCCUCCCGCUGGGCCGGGCCGGGCCGGGCCGGGCCGCAGAGGCCGAGGGGCGCCGCCGCCGGGCUGGGCGCUCCCCUGUCAGGAGCGCGGGUGGCUGUGCCGCCGCCCCAGCGCCCUAGUGCCGCCGCCGGGGAGCGGAGAGGAGAGGAGGAAGCGGCGAAGAGGAGCUUGUCGGGCCGCGCCGCGCCAUGCGGCUGUGCGGGGCGCUGCUGAAGAGCCCCAUCCCCAAGCAGAUCGAGUACUACUCCCGCUUCUCCCCCUCGCCCCUCUCCAUCAAGCAGUUCCUCGACUUCGGUCGUGACAAUGCAUGUGAGAAGACUUCGUACAUGUUUCUGCGGAAAGAACUUCCUGUGCGACUAGCCAACACCAUGAGAGAAGUCAAUUUGUUGCCUGAUAACUUACUUAGCAGGCCCUCAGUUGGGCUAGUACAGAGUUGGUACAUGCAGAGUUUCCUUGAGCUUUUAGAAUAUGAAAAUAAAAGUCCUGAGGAUCCGCAUGUUCUGGAUGACUUUUUAGAUGUUUUAAUUAAAGUCAGGAACAGACACAAUGAUGUGGUUCCAACCAUGGCGCAAGGGGUGAUUGAAUACAAGGAAAAAUAUGGCUUUGAUCCAUUCGUUAGCAGUAACAUCCAGUAUUUUCUAGAUAGAUUCUACACCAAUCGCAUCUCUUUCCGUAUGCUUAUUAACCAACACACACUUCUUUUUGGUGGAGAUAUUAAUCCUGCUCAUCCCAAACAUAUUGGAAGUAUUGAUCCUAAUUGUAAUGUGGCAGAGGUGGUUAAAGAUGCUUAUGAAACAGCUAAGAUGUUAUGUGAACAGUACUAUAUGGUGGCACCUGAUCUGGAAGUUGAAGAAUUCAAUGCUAAAGCUCCAAACAAGCCUAUUCAAGUAGUCUAUGUACCUUCUCAUUUGUUUCAUAUGUUAUUUGAAUUAUUCAAGAAUUCAAUGAGAGCUACAGUAGAAUUGCACGAAGGUAAGAGAGAAGGCUAUCCGUCGAUCAAAACCUUAGUCACUUUGGGGAAAGAAGAUCUGUCUAUUAAGAUAAGUGAUCAAGGUGGAGGUGUACCUUUAAGAAAAAUAGACAGAUUGUUUAACUACAUGUACUCAACAGCACCUAGGCCUAGUUUGGAGCCCUCGAGAGCUGUGCCUUUGGCUGGGUUUGGCUAUGGCUUGCCAAUUUCUCGUCUGUACGCUAGGUACUUUCAAGGUGACCUUAAACUCUACUCAAUGGAAGGCGUUGGUUCAGAUGCUGUAAUUUAUUUGAAGGCCCUUUCAAGUGAAUCAUUUGAAAGACUUCCCGUUUUUAAUAAGUCAGCCUGGCGACACUACAAGACCACACCUGAAGCAGAUGACUGGAGCAAUCCUAGCAGUGAACCAAGGGAUGCUUCUAAAUAUAAAGCUAAUCGAUAAUUUGCCACCUUUUGUCUCUGUUGGAGAUGACCUCUGCGUUCAGUAUAAAGUCUCUGCUUUGUUCCAAAAUCCUUCAAACCACAAUAGCUAAUUACUUCCAAACAAAGACCUAAUCAGGGCAUUGAAAAAUAGUAAGAACAAAGUGAUGAUUGGGACUUAAAGGAAGGCACUAAGCACGUUUGGUAUGUGAAUCCUGUCUACUUCACCUGAAUAUGCUUGGUUGCUUCAGUCAUGCAUUGACAAAAGGGAUUGCACUGUGAUGGCACUUAAGAAUAUAAUGUUGUAACAAAAAAGAUACUAUUUGCAAUGGCCAAUUUUUAUUUCAGUGUAAGGAUUGGCAAGAUGUGCAGAAUCCCUUUUAAUGGUGAAUAGUAUCUUGCACAGCAAUAUAGUAUAAGAGAAAAAUUCUAAUGUAGUUAAACAUAUGCUUUGAAAAUCCACUCUGCUGCAUUUUAUAUUGCACAGUGUCACCUCUUACAGAAGAUCCCUUUGAGCUCUUCAGAUUUUAUAUCUAAUGAGCUUAUAAAUGCAUAGUACUAUAAAAGGGUUGUGCAGCUUUAAACAGAUGCUUUCCCCAAAUUCCCAAAUCCAUUUGUCAAGUGCAUACAAAAAUUAUGUUGUUUUAAGACAUUGGGAUUUCCACUUCUUGGUAUGCACCUUAACGAUUUUCUUGACACGCAAACACAGAAAUGCAUUUCUAUACACUUUUCUUUGUUUUGAGGAAAGAUCAUAAGUAGUUAGAUUAUUUCUCCAUACAAGAAGUUCUGUCAACAUAGGGGCAAGGGGUAAUUCAGUUUCAUGUUUAUUGCCUGUCAUUUUAGGGGAAGGGGGGGGACUGGGGAGGGGAAAGAAAUGCUGAAAGGCCAGACAGCCAGUCAUACAAAUGAAUUUGCCUUAAGCGUGUUGGUUGCUUGGAACCUGAUUAGUUUAAAACCUGUAAAUAGUUUGCAAAGUUAUUUAUAUAUUCAAUGUCUGACUAUAGUCUGGUAAUCUGACUUUGUAGUGUAUAUAAAGAUGUUGUACACCAGCUUUUGGAAAGUGUCUUUGGUCUAAAUACAUGAAACUGGAAAUACCAUAGAAAUGGGAGGGACAAAACAUAGCUGGUACCCAACCUAAGGAAACAAAAAUCAAAGAUAAAAAAAGCUAAGUAUUUUUCCCUUAAAUUUAUUGUAGGAGUUACUGCAGAGUAUUAGGAAACUGUUCUUCACCAGGUUUUUGCCAAAUACUGUUUCUGGUACUGUGGCGUUUCAGAAAAAAUUGUGAGGUUUAGAAGUUCUGAUGGUAUCCUAGCCAUGGGAAUAAAGUAGAUGAGUUGUAAGCAGCUCUGCACCCUCAGUUUCUCUUAGGUGUUUUGAUAUUUUUUUGAAAGAUAUUUUAGAUUUUAGCAUGGAAAAAUGAAACUUGUUUACUAAAAUGGGGGGGGAACUGUCUGAUUUGUCCUCUCAAUAUUUAUUUUUAUAGAGAACUGAUCUGUCAGAUAAACAGGGAAAUGCUGAGAAAUUCCUAGAUAUUUAAAAAAAAAUAAAUCUGACUUAACGAUAGUACUUUGCACUUACAUAGCACAUUUCAUCAAAGGAUUACAGAGUGCUUUGAGCAAUAAGCUUCAUAUAGCCCCAUUUCCAAAGAAGGGUCGUAGUCCUUACUUUGCAAACCCUUACUCUUGCCUGAUGCAGUCGGUUCAAGAAUUUGUAUGUGAAUAGCUCAUGACUUUGCAGGGCUGGAGGUUCUGCGGGCUUCUCUACGCUGUACAGUUAAGUCCAGUUGGAGCACCGGCUUGUUGUGGCGUGCUCUCGUACACCUCUCUGCGGAGUGCUGCCGUGCUGUUGAGAGGCGGAGAUGCCAGGACAGUGUUAGCUGGUGAGCGGUGCCCUUCUGAGCCAGCAGGUAGGAAGAGGGAGCGAGCCGAUGGGGCCGUCCUCUUCUGAUCCCAAACCGGACUCGUUUGACCCUGGCUAAGGGUCUUUACGUGGCACGGUGAGGGUGUGAUGCCUGUGGCCUCCAGAGCAAUGAUUUCCCAUGACUGCAGGCACUGUUGCAGAGAAGGCAGAUUGCUAUUCAAGCGAUACAGCUGUGCCGCUGGGGUGAAAUCAGAGUAACAGCUUGACUGAAACAGCAGUUGGAAGUCGCAUCUACUAAAAUUUAGUCACUUAACUAAUGCCCUCAUCCAUAACUUCUUACAGUUUUUUAAAUUAAUUUCAAGUUGUCUAUGUUUCCUAGUAAUCACAGAGGAGGGCUUGCUUAAAAAUAGAAAUUUAUGAUGAAACUUCUAUUUUCCCAGUUGUGUGUGGUCAGUUUUUCCUAGAACAUUACGUAAAACAUUCCAAAGAAUAAGAUGCUUUUUGUAAGAAGCUGAGUUUCAGCUUUUGUUAAAAAUUGUAUUUUGAAGUAAGAAAUCCUGACCUGGUUGCUUCUUUUUGGCUGUCGUCUUGUACAUGAAGAGGAGAGGGAACAGAAAGAAAAGAAAGGAUGCGGGCACAUUGAAUUUGUUUCAAUGAAGUGAAUAUAAACCAUGGAAGCCACUGGUUUCAUUCCAUGGAAACCAUGGAGUGAAAGGUAAAGACACCAUGGAGGGUGUUAUGGUAUAUUGGUCAUUUCACUUAUUUAUUCACAAAAACAACUGGCUGACUUCCAGGACUGAAGUGCUCUAGUACUUGAAAACUCAAGUCCCCUGAAAUGGCACCUAUUUCCAAGAACCCUGAGCAUGUGCAAACAGCUCAAAGCAGCAAGACAGAGCGCAAGGAACGUGUUUUCUUUCCAUUUCCCAAGGUCUGUCUGUGGGCAUUAUUGUCAAUAUGAGUGAGAAAUAACUUUUCUCCUCUCCAACCUUGUCUAGGGAGCCUGUGCUUUAGUGGAGAUCCCAGGUAUGCCAUAAAUUGUUCUUCACUAAUUGUCCUCAUGCUGUGUUUCUACGUAGGGUUAUUAGUCUGAAUAUUGUUUUAGGAAACAACAGCAGCAGACCUUUGAUUAGAAGAGUUUUUCAAUGGGUAUACUUGCAAAAUGAGGGAGGAGGGGUUUUUAAUAUGGCCUGUUUAACUACAGAUACUGAACUUUUUUCAGUUACUUCUACCUUUGAUUGGAGUCUGUUAUAACCAUUUGUUUUAAUAUUAAAUUAUACGGCUGUUAAUUCCAAACUUUCUGAUGAUAUAAAAGUGUAUUUCUUUUUUAUGGAUCUCAGAUGUAUGGCUUCCAAAUGUUAUUGCAACCAGCUUGUCUUGAGUUACAGGACACAUAAAUAGGAAAAAAAAAAAGUUUUCAUUGAAAAUGCUUUAUCUGUUGUGUUUAGUGAUUAACAGAAACAAACUGGGCAAGAGAUGUUUGCUCCUUGAUUCCUUCUGAGAAUUUACAAGCAAGUUCUAUAUGUCAUAGUGUAACAAAUAGUUUAACUUUUUUGUCCACUGUGCAUUUUUCUGGUGUAUGUGUCUUGACGGUAAUCUAUUAAUCCCCUGUCUAGUUAAUAUUAAUAGAUACUGAAGUCUUUCCGAAUCAUAUAUAUAUUUGUGCUCCCUGCUCUUCCAGGCUUUGUUUUGAGGCUGACAAGGGGUCUUUCCAAGUCACCACUUGAUGAGAAAUAUUCAGAAGAUACUGAAAUGCCUCUUGUACAACUCAAAUGCAGUCUUUGCUUCUGUACUUGACUGUGGUGACCUAGGAGAGUACCGAAGAAGGUCUUUGUCCUGCUGCAGUUUGUGCUACCUCUUGGGCAGUGUUUAAAGCAGGUCCCUUGACACAUGCUUAAAGAAUAUGCAUAUUAAUUGUAGGGUUCUUUGAAAACUCAAGCUACUUUUUGGCUAUGUAAAUUACACUUGAUGCUCCAACAGGAUAACAUACUUUCCUCUGUCUGUCUUUCUACAGUGGCAUGUAGAAUUUGCUUUGAAACAGCUGUUCACUUUCCCCAAAAAGUGAGCAGGAGUAAUUUUUCAGUGUAAUGCAAUCUCCUAUUUGCCUCCACCCAAAUUUAGUGUUUAGGGUGAAAUCUUGACCUCAUUGAUGUUGAAGACACUUUCCCCCCCACCACCUUUAAUAAGCACUUCUAGAUCCUUAUGUGUUAGGUGUGGCAAAGUGCAAAGUGGUCUUGAUUGAUAGAAAUAAUUUUGUAGAAAACAGCCUAAGUGUUUAUUGCUAGUAUUUAUCUCUUGAGGAUAACCAGGUCUGAUUUGUGCCGUGUUUGGUUUCCUUGCAUGUUUCCUUGGUUGCCCUGUAGAUGCUGUGGUUUCUAAUAGCACUUCAUCUCCUCUUCCUGACAUACUCACCUGCCUAUGAAUUAAUAUAUAUUAAUGUGAUUGUGCAGAACUUAAGAGAAUAUGAUGGUAAAUGACAGAAUAAUGUAUUACUGAGUUAAAAGGUGAGUUUAAUCGCAAAUGAGGAAUAUAGUUACAAAUUGUGUAGCGACUUCAGGGCUGAAUCUUGCAAAUACUUGCACAAGUAACAGUGUAUGAGAGUAAUCCCACUUCAGUGAAUCACUUCUCAGGAUCGGGACUUAAGCCGUUGACAUUAAUUUAAAGCAAUGAAGAUUUGUGUGACUCAAGUGGCUUUCUAAUUAAAAAUAAAUAAGAAAAUUUAAACUUCACGUGCUUUAAUUGCAGUAUUAUGUUGCCUUAAAAGAUCUUGGACAUUGGCAUAGAGAACUUGUUUGUUUCUUAAAUCUAGAGUUUUUUUUUAAUGUAGUAUCAGUGGGAUUGCUGUGUUUGUGACAUUUCUGACACUGUCAAACUAGUAUUAAUUGCUUUAUUAAAAUUUUUCCUUUGAACUGAAUGCUGCCGAGAGGUGCCAGAUUGCCAGUCCUUUGAAAUUCAUACCCCGUGUCUGUAGAUGGUGUCAGGCAGUGGCGGGGCAUGUUUCCCAGCGGCGCGCUAUCAGUGCUCUCAGCUCUUCAGCAAGGGCUCCCCUUACACCAGGCACCUGCUGGCUGUUUCACACUUGCCAUCUCUGCUGAACUGCUAACAGUGUGCUAAAGUUGUGUUCGGGUUUAUGAUGGGAGUUUCUGAUGUGGGUGGACAUCAAGUGAAUUUGUUCCCGACAUCGGUUAUGGGACAGAAAACUCUUACUGGUGAGCUGACCAGUGUUGUGCCUGGCAUCCAAGAGGGAAAGAGGUCUUGUGUUGCCAUUCCUCUGAGGUGGCAUCAUUUGAAUCAACUGAACCUAUAAUGGAGGAGUGGGAAGUUAAUUUUUCAUGAGAUUACUUGGUGAUGUUUAAAAUUUAAUUUUGAGUCUUCUGUAACUUGUGUUGGAGUUGUUUCUAGUCCAAUACCUGUGUACAUAGUUUAUGUAUACUCUUAUUUUCCUUUCUUCUUUCCCUUGCUGACAAAUAAAAAAGUACAAACUACA